GUGAUGACAGAUCUCAAUUCUUGAUUCUCUCUCGUCACUAUACACUCUGAAAAGAAGAUCUGCAUUACGACUUCCGGAUUUGUGAUUUCGAUUCCGGAAAGAACAUCAUGACCAGUGACUAUGACCUCCAUCAUUCAAUACAAAGCUCCAAAGCUAAUCCUGCAAUUCCCAAGGUGUGUGACGGAUUCUGAAUUCUGAAUCUAUUUUCAUUCCUUUGUGCUAUUUUGAUGGAAGAAAAGAAGGAUUUGAAGCGUCUGUUUUUGGAUUCUUUUGUCUCGCCUUCUCUUUCUAUGCUUGGCGAAGGCGUUUAUGCUUCUCAAUUUCAAAGAAAUCAAAUGGAUAAUCAAAAAAGAGGUUUCCCCAAGAGAUGUCAAUGUGGAGAACCUGUUGUAUUGAAGACAUCGACGACUGCUAAAAAUCCCGGAAGAUUUUUUCAUGGGUGUCUGUUUGGAAGGGAUGGGAAUUGGUAUCAUACAUUUAAAUGGACCGAUACGUCUAUGGUCGAAGAGAUCGAGGACUUGAUUGAGAAAGUGGAGAACAUUGAUGGAGCUGCAAUGACAUUGCAGAAGGGCGUCAAUGCUUGUGAAUCUCAGAUUGAUACUCUCACCAUGGAGAUGCGUGUGCAUUUGGAUGUGGUUGAGAAGGAGGCCAGAGAGAUGAAAAUGCAACUAAGAAGCUUGAAGAACAUUGUUGGCUUUGUUAUGGUAAUGGUUUUGUUUUUCAUGUGUAUGUAUUGAAUAUGUGAGUUAAAAUGUGGUUGUAUGAGAGUAACUAGAAAUGCUGCUUUGUAUGGAUGUUUGAGACAAAUCUAGCUUGUAAGACUGUUUGUUUGUAUGAAAGGUAAUGGAAAAAGAACAAGACAUAUGACA